GGCUAACUAACCCAAACCCUUCAUGAUCACAUUGGGCGUCUAAUUCUGUGAGGCUGCAGCACCAUCUAGAGGUGAAUUCAGGCAGUUUCCUGUUUUGAAGACAGAUUCAACAUGGCUGCUCCCAUGUAGACGUUUUUAGGAUUACAGUUUGUGGCUGAAAACCAUGAGGAAGUUCAGCUACCAUGGAUGUAAAAGAAAUAGUCCACUGUGCUCUGCAGAUAGAGAGAUGCAGUGCAGACAGAAGCUAUGGGAACAUCUUGAUCCUCCUCGGUGACCUUGAUAAGUUGCACAUCACAGCAGAGCAGCUGGAAACGACGGACAUUGUCAAAGUUCUCUGCAGGCUCCUGAAGACCUGCUCUGAUGACGGAGUUAAGAAGACAGUAAAGAGCUUGUUGUCUAAGUGGAAGAGACAGUACAGCAAAGAUACACGAGGUGUGAAAUGCACGCAGGAGAGCAAGGAUCCUGAGCUCUCUUGCAGGGUUUCUUUAUCAGAUGAGGCUGGGGAUGGAGGAGUUUCCAAGCAGGAGGAUUCCCACUCUGGUUCACCACAGACAUGUGACAGUAAGGUGGAGAGUGUGAAGUGUGCUGAACAAGAAGCAUCAUCCUUAGUGGCAAAAGAUGGCCUCGAGACUCUGUCUUUCACUGCAGAGAGCGCCUCUACAUCCUGUAGUUUCUCAUCUGUAAGAUCUAAAUGUGUUCAUCUACUCCUUUCUGCCCUCUGCCCCGAACUUCCUAAUCAAGACGAGGCUGCAGAGCUGGCAGGAGACAUCGAGCAGCACAUCCAUGAGCUCCACAAAUCCAGCCAGGUCAAAUACAAAGCCUGUGUGAGGAGCAAGGUGGCCAACUUGAGGAAUCCUAAAAACAAACAUCUUCUUCAGGGCCUCCUGAGCGGCUCGCUGUCACCUGAGGCCUUCGCACAGAUGUCUGCAGAGGAGAUGGCCAGCGCAGAGCUCCAGCAGCUGAGGGAGGAGUACUCAUCCCGCGGUGUGAGCGAAAGGCAGCUUCCUGAAGGGAUAGAAGGGACAAAGACGCAGAAGAUCCGCUGCAAAAGAUGUGGGGGAUCAGACUGUAGGGUGACGCAGGUGUCCAGGGGGGCCCUUUUCUUGCCCGCGUGGGUGAGGCGGGGCGGCCCUGACGAGGACGCAAUGACUUUUGUGACCUGCAGUGGGUGCGGGCAGCAGUGGUACCACAGUGGCUGGGUCUGCCUCUAAAUCCAGAUUAAUUAUUCGGUCUAAAAAAAGUGCCCAAGUUUACAUAUUCAUAUUGCUUCUAUAGCUGAAACAGUCAGUCGAUUAAUCAGUUAGUAACAGUAAAUUAAUCAGCAACAAUUUUGAUAAUAAAAUAAUCGUUUCUGUCAUUUUUCAAGCAAGAAUAACACAUAUUUGUUUGUUCCAUAUUUGUUUGCAAUAUUUGCUGGUUUUCUUUGUUUUCUAUGAUAGGAAACCGAAUAUCUUUGGGUUUUGGACUGUCGUUCAGACAAAACAAGGCUUGAAGACAUGUGAAGGCGUCAUAUUGCGUUCUGGGAAACAGUCACGGGCAGUUUUCGCUACUUUUUGGCAUUUUAUUGACCAAACACAUGAAUGUUUCAUUGGGAAAAUUUUCAGCAGAUUAAUCAAUAAUUAAAAUACUUGUUAGUCAAGUCCUAGAGGACAGUGUGACUUUUUUGGGAGAGCAGGGGAGGUUCUUUUAUUUUUUUUUUCUGAUGCCAGAUGUAUAAUCUUGUAAUGCCAAAUUGAAAGCAACAAAAUAAGACAAAAGACUGCAUCAGGUAUUCUCUUUAACACUGAAACAGGAGGACUGGUGAGAGGAAUGCAGAGUGGAAACAAAGGACUCGCAGGAUGGAGAGCGUACUUGUGGUUUAAACAAGAAAGUGUGAAGAUGUAUCCUUUAUUUUGCAUGGCAGAAUUUGGUAUUUUAAAGUGCAUUCACCAGUAAAUACGUAACAAAAAGCCUAAACUGUGUUACUGCCUACUGAAAAACCGAGUCACUGCCUAUUGCAGUUGGAGACUGAAACCACAACUUUUAAAGAAGUAGCUCUCAUCAUCUUCUUCCCGCUGAAUCAUUUCCUGUCUAGUUGAUCUAUACUUACAGUAGCUCAUUUAACUGCUUUUCCUCACUCCUCUUUCAUACAUGAGCAUUUUCUGCUCAGAGGAAUAAUGUAAAACCAUUAAGAUCUUGACUUGUGCCCUCACGAAUGUAUCAUUUUCUUGAUGUUAAGGAAGAAAGGGUAUUUUGUUGCACUUAUUGUAAGUCAUACAUAUGAAUGCUUAAAUUCCUUAAAAAAGAAGAAAACAUACCCCUGGCCACCUACAAUAUCCCAUUCAUUUGAAGCACACUGGCUCCAGUGGAUGAGACAUGUGACCUUAGAAAACGGUGAGCAUGUGAGUCAGUAAUCUGCCCUCCAGAGCAGCUUCGGGCGUGGAUAUCCCAUGGUCCUUCACUCAGUCGAAGUGGCACAAUGAUUCAUUUACACGUCAUCGUGACAUAAUUUCGACGGGCCUUUACUCUACAGGCCGAAGAGUUUCAGAAAACUGUUUAAAUCACUCUCUUUUAUUCUCAAUUGGUUUGUCUGUCUUCAAUCCAUAUUUGUCUUUAUCAGUGUUGCUUUUCUUUGAUUUGUUGGCUUUAAUUUGAUAUUUUUCUGACCCAGAAUGCUGAAGAAAUUAAAUUCAGGAGAAAGAAGUCUUCUAAAAGCUACUUGUAAUGUUGUUACUGUGGGAAACCAAAAUACAGAAGUGAGUUCUGAUUUUAUGACAUGUAUGUGGGUACUUCAUGUGACAUUUUUUUAAUAAAACCUUUCUAUAUCUGAACUGAAA